AUGGAAAUGUGUCCUCUCGGUUUCAUGAAGGAUAUGGGAAGUCCCCAAACACUGGUCUGUGUGAAACAAGUGAAGCAGGAGGUAUCAGAAGAUUGGGAUGAGAGCAUGCCUCUGCCAGGAGACAUCAUUGAAGGUUUUUCUGAAGAUGAUGCUGACGACUUGUUUGUCCCAACCAAGCUCAAGUCAGAUCUCAGCUCACAGCUUGGUAACGUUCACCAACAGUUGGAGGUCAUAUGGGUGAAGGUGAGAAGGGGUGAUACCACAAUAAAGCUACAGGCACGCAUUGUCCAAGAGAAGUCUUCAAUGCCCCAUAAAAAGUUUACUAUUAGAGCGGCUACAGAUGACAGACAUGUUGCAGUUUUAGGUGACUUAACCUUAGAACAAUGCGCUGAAUUGCAGGAAAUGAGCAGGAGGGUUGUGAAUGUGGACUACAGGGGAUUCAACAAAAUGGGAGUAAAGUAUGACUGGAGGAUGAAAGUGGGAACAUACCUGCCAGACCACCAUUUUUCAGUUGUCAGCUCAAUAUUGUUCAUGCCACUACAAUGCGAGUACUGCAUUGAGAGCACUACAACCAGGUGCAUGGCCUGGUUUUCAGCAGCAGUUUCUUCAGGGGCUCCUCUAGUCUUUGUUAAUAUCCAAACAGAACAGAAUGUAAUCUCAGUAUAUAGUUCUCUCUAUAUGUCUUCAAAGGUUUGA